UCAUAUCGAAUCAACAUUAUAAUUUGUCUAUAUACGCUACGUUCGAAAUACAAGGAUAAGCCACUUUGGUGUUUGCUUUUGCAAAGAUGGUUGAUGGACUUGGUGAUCAAGAAUAUGACCUUCAUUGGCUGUUGGGAGCUCGAGAUGAUGGAGACUCUGACAUCGAACAACCCCUGCUACAUGCAGAGAGGCCACGACCAGUACGGAAACACACGUGCCACAAACGGUAUGGACGCCCCAGCGUGGAUCUGGUGUUCCCGACAGUGAUUGACACGGCGAGGGCUUUUGUCGAAAGCAACGGCUUUGAGGCACAUCGCCGUCGUCAUUUGACAACCGGCAACUGUGGCGUCAGCCUUCAGCAGAUAAGAGACCAUUUGUUUGCUUCCGUCCCUGGACUCAAAGAUCGUUUCCCUCAACUUGGACUGAAAACGAUCCACAGAUGGAUGAUUGCUCCGAAUAAACGCAACAACGCUUCAUCAGACUACAGGGGCUUGAUAGACGCCAAGGUUGCCUCGAAAAAGAACAGUCGCAACGCCAUGAGGGAAGAUACCCACUACUGCCGGGCGAGGGCUAAGAACUCAUUAGAAUUGUUGGCUGAUCUUGGAGAAAUCAGUGCUGCCAUUUCUAUGGAUAAUAAGAAUAAGGUGCACAUUGGCGAAGCUACACUUGCUGUAGACAGGAGACUUCAGCCAGGGAGGUUUUUCCCUAUCACUGAUGCCCCGGAUUACUUCGACCACGAUUUUCCAAGUCCAGGGUAUCUGAUCACCCCUGCAGGGUACUUGGUCAUGGAGCCCGGUGCGAAACAAGUCUACAAAGAUGACAAGGGAAGAGAACAUUUGAGAUUUAGGAGAUCAGGCACAACCCAUGUUGUGAACCGCCCACCAGGUAUUCCAACGACCAUAGAAGCCCACAUGACGGAUCUGCUACCCCUACUACAGGAUCUCGUCAGGAGAGGGAGAACAGCUGCUUUCCUGAUCGUUGACAAUGGAGCUGACUUCAAUCCGCGGUCUCAUGUCAACCAGUACUUCUUGGGGAAAGUAUGGAAGGAUGCUGGACUGGAUACUAUGGGCGUAGUAUCUUAUGCUGCAGGUGACAGCAAACUGAAUCCCAUUGAACGUGUUUGGGGUGUGCUGACCAAGAAGCUCUGUGGGGUUUACCUCAGCGAUAUUCUCCCUGGUGAAAGUCGUCCUCCGAGGCAACAGCAGCUACCAGCAGGAGAGCUACAGGAGAAGGAGAAGGCAGUCUUCAACCAGGCUUUGGGCUUACUCCAAGAUUAUUUGGAAGGACUUGAGUUCGACGGCCAUCCCAUCCACACAAGACACAUCACAGCACAUGCCACCCAUCAACCUUCUCUUCCAUCUGUCCAGACAGCACUUUCUUCACUCCGACAACUCCAGCAGCACCCGCAGGUCAUGGAAUCUUUCUACUUCUCCUCUUCGCACCUGCGCCGGAUGGAUGGAAUGCUUCUCUUCUCCAAAUGCACUAGCACCACCUGCCUCCACUGCACACGUCAUCCCAUACAGCACCAAGAAGCUUACGAAGCAUUCCAGAAGUUCACCACACCAGUACUAUCAUCACAAGACACCUACAAGACCUACCUUCAAAUGAAAGCCACCCAGCACCCUCCUCCUCCAGAUGCAAGCAUGCCAAGUCGUCAAGUGGAUAGCCUAGGGAAAUGCUCGCGGUGCCCUUGCUACCUGUUCUGUAGCAAAGCUGACAAACUUUGGCACAACAGACUUUUUCAUUAAGCUAUAGAACAAGUGAUAUAAUUGUGGUUAAGUUAUAAGUGGACAACAUUUACUGGAUACCUUAUUCAUAUGAUGAACUCAGGAGUAAUGAUGAAUUCAUAUUUCACAUAACAAUAUUGAAAUUUGACAAUGAUAUGUAUUUUUUUGGAAUUGAACUACUUCCAUGAAGUUAUGAUUGUGUAUUUAUUUGAAUUACUGCAUAAUUAUCUUUUCUUUGCGAGACAUCAAAUUCACUUAUUUUGCUUGUCAUCUUUUAUUUAAGCUGAACACUUUGCCUAACAUGUUCUUUGUGAUGAUCUUGUUGUGUCACAUGUUGGACUUGUAUUUAUUACCAGCUAUAUACUUAUAUGGAAGAAAAUAUGCAGAAGGUGCUUUCAGUAUAGUCAAUUCCAUAUUUAUUCCAUGCCAAGUUCCAAGUUCUUUAAAAAUAUGCAUCCACGAAUUGUGUUUACUUAUGGUGGUAUUUUAUUGACUGAUUUUUCGUUCAUGUUCAUUUGAAUGUGAAAAAUGUUAUUUUCCAUUAUAAUUUAUGUUUCACUGAAGUCAACUAGAUGUAUUUAUUACUGUAGUCAUGAUUUGAUUUGUUCUGUUUUUAUAUGUAUAUUUUUUUAAUUUGUGGGGUCGCAAUUACCGGUAUAUUAGAUUCAUGUCAUGAUAAGUUGCUGUUAUCUCAAUAUUACUGCUAUUGAUGGUAUUUUUAUUGAACAAGCAGGUGUUAUUCUUUCUUGGUGGUGCAGUUUAAUUAUCAUUUAUUAUUCAUUCACUUAUUUUGCAAUUUCUUGAUCAUAAUCAAAAUGUUCAACUUUUGUUGAUUUUGUAAUGGUGCAAUACAUGUCUGUAAUAUUAUUCCGUAUAUUACAAGUUUGAAGAGAAAAUAAAGCUGAUUGAUUAACC